AUGGGCGAUACGGCGUCUGUUCUCUUUACCCGUCAGCCCGAGGACUUCACGGGCUUGCCACUUCCUGUUACACAGACUAGUACUGCAGAUUCAGGCCACCAAAACACGAAAAGAUGCGUUUAUUGGGAAUGUUUCAUGAAGCGCAUGGGUACCGAGUCCCCGUCCUUAUCCUCUGCGCUUGUGGACAGUCUUCGCGACAGCGGUCAAGUUCGGCUAAGAACAGAAGAUAGUACUGACGUUGACGAAGUCGACGAAAUUGUCGUGGACCGAGAUUGGACAGAGGAUAUAAAGAACUCGCCGGACCAUUCUGAAUACGCUUCGGAUAAUUCAGGGGAUAGCCACAUGGCUAAUGUCGGUGCAAGGGCUAGUACAAGCGUCGGCCAUGAAAGUACAGCGUUUCCAGAUGAUGGUGGCUUCUUCCGUCAAUUUCUCAUUCUUCUCCGCUGGGACGUUUGGCCAGCAGUUCAUAAUUUUUUUCUUGUUCGUUUUAAUGACGAAAAGACGGAAGAACGAUACCAAGGGGAGCGUUGGUAUAUUAGAAAGCCGUUAGCAAUUUGGUCGGCCAUAUUUUUCAUUGCCAACUGGGUCAUUGGAGCAGCAACAAUUGCCACGCCCAACACCAUACUCGAUAAAUCAUGGAUAUGGGGUUUUAUACCUGCGCAUACCAUUCCUCUCCUCAUGUUGGUCAUAUUCGAUUUCCCACGCGACUGUCGAAUACCUUACCAGUUGCUUUUAAUGAUCUCAACGUGGUCAUGGUGUCUGUAUGAGAUCGUGACAAUGUAUGUAUGUGGAUAUUAUAGUGCAGAUAAUACAUGCGGAACAAAGGAUUUCCUCGGAACAUUCUACUAUACCUCUGCAUUGCAAACUAUAGCAUUGUUCGGGAUGCGGAUGAAUAGAAUCGCUGCUAUGGCGGGGGCACUGACAUUCCUGGUUAUCUCAAGUACUCUUAUUUUGCCAUAUAAGCCAAUAUGGACCAAGCACAUGCUUAAUUUUCUCCUGUAUCACAUAUUCCUCCUGUUUGUGCAUUACAUGCAUGAGAAUUCCGAACGGCGUCUCUUUAUUCUCCGAGAGCAACUCAAAACCCAAUUUAAGGCUACCCAGAAGGCUCAAAUUAACGAGCGAAAAGAAGCGGACUCUAAGAGGAGGCUUACAUCGUACGCAUCAUUGCCCUUGAACACAGCUCUGCUUGCCGUGCAGAAUAUGGAGGCGUCGUGCGCUGUAUCUAAAGCGCAAGAAAUAGAAUUCAUGGCAUUAGGGGGUAGCUUGGUAAUGAUGUCUAAAGGAACCGUGUCUGACAUCGCUCCUAGCAAUCGCAUGGAUAGUGGUCUGUUCGAGAUCUUGUCUAAACCUUACAAAUUCCAUGCUGUUAUGCGCUCGUUGUUCAUUCCACUGCGCAUGGCAACAGAUGCCCGCAAUCUUGAACUCGUAACUUCUCUUGACGAAACCAUCGACAAGGUUGCGCGACAAGCCGCUUUCGAGGCUGCAGGCGACAAUUUGGCAGAAUCUGAGGAGUAUCUGAACAACAAGGAAGACGGUAUCGUUCUUGGGGAUGCUACUAGGCUGCGACAGAUCAUCAACAAUCUCGCAAGCAACGCCUGUAAAUUUACCCCUGCGGGAGGCAGAAUAAUGUGUUCAACACGCUUGAUAUUUCCUGCACAUCCCGCGCCAGAACCUUCAAAUAAUUCAAGACCAAAGAUUGAUAUAGGCGAAGAUGCGAUAGAGGAAGUACUCUGCGCACCCGCUGAUGAUUCUGAUCCACUACAUCCAACAACGAGCGGGGGACAGGACAUGGAAUUUUCAACAAAGAAGGGCCCACCGAAGCAAAUCGUUGUGCGAAUUGAAGUUAGCGAUACAGGACACGGAAUUCCGCCCAGGGAGAUGGCGCAGGGCAAGCUGUUUUCUGCAUUCAAUCAGACGGAGCAAGGUAGACAACAAGGCGGAAAGGGCACCGGUCUUGGCCUGGCCCUCGUCCGCCAGAUCGUAAGGCUGAGCGGCGGUCGGCUAGGCCUGCGUUCUAAAGUUGGUCAUGGGUCAACAUUUUGGGUCGAGCUACCGCUGGGUGUCGGAGUUAAAGUUGUCGAUGAACCAGACGCGGAGUCAACUUUGCGCGAGAAGCAGCGCACCUUUGAGCUAGCCGGGCCGCUAUCAGUGGAUCUACUGACAAGCAGUGCCCCGACGCAGUCAGUCUCGACAAACAUCAUGCAGACCAUGAUGGACGAAGGGGGCCUGGUGCAGUUGAAUUUACCAAAUACAGUUAACAGCUCUGAAACUUACAGGCUCACUCGGACUACCAGCAAACUCUCGUCAGGCACCCAGCUUGGUCCUCCGUUACCCACUCCACCUGUCUAUGACUCGCCUACGGUCGUUGCGGAUUCGCUGAAAAGUCUUGAUGACGCUACCCCACUUCCAGCUAUGUCAUCUAUGUCAACUCGCCCAGACCCGCCAGGUCGACAGCCGUCAUUAGCUUCCCAAUUAUCGGGGUCCCUACCGUUGCCCCUGAGCCGCAAAGGGUCCACUGCCGGUUUUGAUCCGCCUAUACUUGUUCUAGUCGUUGACGACGACCGAAUUACUCGUACCGUUAUGUCUCGAAUGCUGACGAGAUUAGGAUGCGACGUCUCAACCGCUGAGAAUGGUGAAAUCGCGUUGGAGAUGAUCAUCGGCGGUCCAGGAACUUCGAAGACCGAAGAUGGACCUGAUUCCAGGGUCUUCGACCUCAAUCAUGAUAGUGAAAAGGAUCAGAAUGGUAAAGGGACGGAGGAUGGUUAUGCAUAUGAUGUCAUCUUUCUUGACAAUCAGAUGCCCGUUAUGUCUGGUUUGGAGGUGGUUUCCAAACUUCGAGAGAUGGGUAGGGCCGAUUUCGUCGUUGGAAUUACCGCAGGUAAUGCACUCAUCAAUGACCAGAAAGAAUACUUUGAGGCGGGUGCGGACCACAUCUUGACAAAACCUGUCUUUGAAUCUAGCCUGAUCAAAAUGUUGACGAUAGCGGAUGAGCGGCGGCAAAAGUUAUGA